UGCUCGUCGGCUGUCUCUAGCCGCUUUGUGAAGUUGCAGGGCGCCGUCAAGGGUCUGCUUCUCGAUUACGUCGGGCGCUCUAUCAUCACAGCCAUUUGAGACAAAGGAAGCAGGAUACGGUGCUGACUGAACGCAAGUUGUGAAGCCCCCUAUCCUGCAAAGAUGGAUCGGUUGCAAAGAAUCUUCCAGUCUGGUGCCGGCGGGGGUGCAGGGAUGGGUGGAGGCCCACCCGCUGACGCUCCCAUGGUUGAUACGUCGGAGCAGGUGUACAUCUCGUCGUUGGCCCUUCUGAAGAUGCUGAAGCACGGCCGAGCGGGCGUCCCUAUGGAGGUGAUGGGCCUGAUGCUGGGGGAGUUUGUGGACGACUACACGGUGCGCGUCGUGGACGUUUUUGCGAUGCCGCAGAGCGGGACUGGCGUCAGCGUCGAGGCGGUUGAUCCCGUCUUCCAGACGGAGAUGCUGGACAAGCUCAAGCAGACGGGGCGCCCCGAGAUGGUGGUCGGGUGGUACCACUCUCACCCGGGGUUCGGGUGCUGGCUGUCGGGAGUGGAUAUCAACACGCAACAGAGCUUUGAGGCGCUGAACCAGCGCGCGGUCGCGGUCGUGGUGGACCCCAUCCAGAGCGUCAAGGGGAAGGUGGUGAUCGACGCGUUCCGGUUGAUAAACCCGCAGACCAUGAUGCUCGGGCAGGAGCCCCGCCAGACGACGUCUAACCUGGGGCACCUAAACAAGCCGUCCAUCCAGGCGCUGAUCCACGGCCUGAACCGGCACUACUACUCCAUUGGCAUCAAUUACCGGAAGAAUGAGCUGGAGGAGAAGAUGCUCCUGAAUUUGCACAAGAAGAAGUGGACGGACGGGCUCAACCUGCAGCGCUUCGACGCGCAUGCCAAGACGAACGAGAAGACUGUCACGGAAAUGCUCGACCUUGCCAAGAAGUACAACACUGCGGUGAUCGAGGAGGACGAGCUGACGCCCGAGAAGCUGGCCGUCGCCAACGUGGGCCGGCAAGACGCCAAGAAGCAUCUAGAGGAAAACGUGUCGUCGCUAAUGGCUUCGAACAUCGUCCAAACAUUAGGAACGAUGAUGGACACUGUGGUCUUUUAGGCUGCUUUCUCAUUAGUUACGAAGUAAAGCCGUUUAUCAGCAGCACGGCAGCCCUUUCGUGCAGCCAGGCUCUGGGAGCUGCGCGCACAUGUGAAGAUGCACGCAUCAGCCUCGUUUUCUUUGUAUUUUCACGUCUACCUUAUCCAUGUUUCCG